GAUUGCUCAGCAUACAUAUCAGCUCUUCACUCAGUGUCCGUUGCUUUACGAACACCAACAAAGAGAACACUCCUGGUGAUGGAUGAGUUUGCUAGUGUAGUUGACAAGUUGGAACUUAAUGCACUUACAACAGCCAUAGUUGAAUUCCUCCUAAACCUUGCAGAAUGUCCGUUCGCUGUCAUAGCCACCCACAACUAUGGAAUUUUGAAACACUUUCAAGUGUCUGGACCACGAGUACAAUACUUGACAAUGAAGACGACAACUCAUGAGGGGAAAUUGCUAUGUCUGUACGAAGUUACUAACGGCAUAACCUCAGAAAGUGAAACAAUUACAAUAGCCAAGAAUAUUGGACUUCCACAAGGAGUAAUAGAAAGAGCACUGGAACUGAGGAAUUCCCCAGCUGUAAUGAAUCUCAAAUUUGUGGAAGACAGAAUUAAAAAAGUGAAAAAAGCGAUGAAGAUACUGCGAAUAAAUAUUGCCAAUAAUAGUACCACGCCACUGGAAAAUAUGCAAAAUUUAUUUUGCCGUCAUCGUCGUCGUCGAAGGCUGAGACUGAAGAAUGGUGGUCGGUCAUCUCACUAA